UUUUGCUCGAUGAAUCGACAUUAUAAUAUAAUUUAGUAGUCCCACCUUUGGAGGCUGUCAUGUUAAUGUUCUCACCUUGGCUGUACUUUUGCAUAGGAACUGAAAUGGGAAUAAAGUCACCAAAGAAGUAAAACAAAAGAAGAUCAUGGACGACACAAAGCAAAGUGCGGAGAGAGCCACUUCCAGUGAUGGGAGGUUUCUCUCCAGGAUGGCUCUCAACGAUAACAAAGCUGGAAUGGAGGGGUUAGAUAAAGAGAAAAUCAACAAGAUCAUAUUGGAAGCCUCAAAGGGUUCUCGGUUUUAUGAGAAUGAAUUAAAGAAGGAGCAGCAAGUCAACCAACGAAUCGAGAAGAUGCUGCAGCAAAAAGAGCAAAUCACUGAGCAACAGCUCAGAAAAGCACAAGCACAGGUGGAGAAGCAUGCAGUGGAGUUGGAGAGAGGUCGUGAGCUUGGACGUACCAUAGUGCAUGUUGAUAUGGAUGCUUUCUAUGCAGCUGUGGAGAUGAGGGACCGCCCAGAGCUGAGAGAUAAACCAAUGGCUGUGGGGUCCAUGAGCAUGCUGUCAACUUCUAAUUAUCAUGCUAGGAAGUUUGGCGUGCGUGCUGCCAUGCCUGGGUUUAUUGCAAAGAAACUGUGUCCCAACCUGAUCAUAGUGCAGCUCCACUUUGACAAGUAUAAAGCAGUGAGUGCAGAGGUGCGAGAAAUAUUUGCAGACUACGACCCAAAUUUCCUGCCGAUGAGUCUGGAUGAAGCCUACCUGGACAUCACGGAGCACCUCGAGCAGAGGCGAUGCUGGCCGGAGUCCAGGAGGACCUUCUACAUUAGCACAGACAGCCCUUCUGAAGGAGGGAGUGUCAAUGAAGAUGAUGGGGACACUUCUCCAGUGCUUUUUGAGGACAGUCCCCCUCUGCCUCCACAGAAGGCUGUAGUGUUUGGAAUUUCAGCUGAGGAGGUGGUGAAGGAAAUGCGCUUCAGAAUCGAGCAGAGGACUACAUUAACAGCCAGUGCAGGCAUAGCUGCAAAUAUGAUGUUGGCAAAAGUUUGUAGUGAUAAGAAUAAACCAAAUGGUCAGUAUAUGAUCCCCCCCGAUCGACAAGCUGUGAUGGACUUCAUCCAGGAAUUACCGAUUCGGAAGGUGCCAGGCAUAGGGAAAGUGACAGAGAAAAUGCUGAGAGCCCUUGGGAUUACUACCUGUACCGAGCUGCACCAGCAGGGGGCACUGCUCGCCCUCCUUUUCUCUGAAACAUCAUGGCAUCAUUUCAUGGAGAUAUCACUAGGUUUGGGCUCAACACAUAUUGAGAGGGAUGGCGAUAGGAAGAGUAUGAGCACAGAAAGGACUUUCAGCGAGCUGAGUAACGCAGAGGAUCAGUACAGCUUCUGCCGUGAACUCUGCCACGAUCUCGCUCGGGAUCUGCUCAAGGAAGAGUUGAAGGGAAAAACAGUAACCUUGAAACUGAAGCAUGUGAAUUUUGACGUUAAAACCAGGGCUUCCACUGUGUCUUCUGCCGUCUCCACUGAAGAAGAAAUAUAUGCUAUAGCAAGGGACCUUCUGAAGACAGAGAUUGAUAAUGCCAGUCCAGAGCCCCUGCGAAUAAGGCUUAUGGGGGUACGAGUCUCUGGGUUUCUGGCGCAAGAAGAUAAGAAACCUCUCCAGAAGAGCAUCAUUGGUUUCCUCCAAGCAGGAAAACAGGUGGCUUCUUCGACGGUGGACAAUGCCAGCCAAGACACCAGAGCCAACAUGGGUGAACAAGACACCAGAGCCAAAACGGGCGAAGAAGCCAGCAGAACCAAUAUAGGCGAACAUAACAGUGGAGCCAACACGGGCGAAGAAGACAGCAGAGCCAACACGGGCGAAGAAGACAGCAGAGCCAACACGGGCGAAGAAGACAGCAGAGCCAACACGGGCGAAGAAGACAGCAGAGCCAACACGGGCGAAGAAGACAGCAGAGCCAACACGGGCGAAGAAGACAGCAGAGCCAACACGGGCGAAGAAGACAGAAGAGCCAACACGGGCGAACAAAAAGGAGUUUUGAGUUUCUUUAAUAAGAGGAGAGCCGAGCGGGAGCAGGCCGACGAGCAGCAGCGGCAGUCCUUCUUUGAGAAGGUCCAGGCCCAGAGGCAGCGACUCCUGGAGACCCAGCAGGCCCAUGACCAUGGGGAAGCUCCGAUCAGCCACACAGUCAGAGAGGAAGAGGGAGGACCGUCAUCAAGCAGAAACAACAGACCAUCGGGUCAAUGCUUUACUUGUCCUGUCUGUUUCCAAAAGCAGAACACAACCAAUCUGGAGACCUUCAACAGGCACAUUGAUGAAUGCUUGAGUGGAUCUCCAGUGGAUGAGCCCAGUUUAGUCCCUGGCAUGCAAGAGGGUGCAGACCUGAUAGUCGAUGAACCUACAAAAAAGAGCCUGGAUAAUAGCACCUUCACUUUGCCAAGGAGGAAAGAUUGGAAAUGCGACAGAACAGUGGGCAUAGUGCAAUUGGAAGACAUUUCACUGGGCCAUUGUAGUACUUCCCUAAUCCUCCCUGUCAAGCACGGUGCUGAUAUAGUAACAUCAACAAAGACAGUCCCAGGAGGUACAGAGAGUUUAACGAACAUCACACAUCCUGUUAGGGAGUCGUAUUCUAAUAAUGUAGCUUCGGUUAAGGAGACAACCAUCUCACAGGGUUGCCAAAUAACAAGUUUUCCCAGUGACAGUUCUUCAAAAAACCACAACAGAACUGUAGAAACAGGAGGGAUUCCUGAGCAGAAUGGAGUUAAUCCCAAUUCAGGGCUAAGUGCAGCAGUUCCGGAAAGCAAGGGGGAUGUUGGGAUGACACUUGGAGAAGGUGCUCAGAAAAGCUGUUCAUUAACAUGGCAAGAAGACACCGCCCUGGUGUGUCCUGUCUGUAACCUUAAACAAGAUACGACUGACCUGUCCCUGUUCAAUAGGCAUGUAGAUGUUUGUUUAAAUCAGGAUGUUAUACAGGAACUCAGAGACGAAAGAGCUUGCUCACAUAAUUCAAACCUUAUGACACACGGGAAAUGUAAAGGGAAGCCAGAGGAUGGACAGAAGUUUCUGAAUUCAAGAAGUAAAAUAAAAAGAUCAGGAUCUCCACCUCUUCACCCAGCAGCGAAGAAGUCAAAAGCCCCUGCCACCAAGAACACCAUCGACAGGUUCUUCAGAUAGACAGCUGUACAAAUAGCAGCCAACCAGGAAUAAGGAGUAGCAUCAGAGCCUUGCAAAAGAGUGUCUUUCCACUGAGUGCUCAUCCUAGUGAAGAAUUACUGCCCAGGUUUUGUAUACCCAUGACUGGUUCAUUUCUGUUGCCAGCACAAAUAAUCAUUUAGCUUUAAAAUAGGGUUAUAACAGCAAAACUAGGCACCAGGCAGGUGCUCUGCCAGUGUGUCUAAUGGCCGGUAUUGCCUCAGGCAUUAUAGCUGCUCUUGCCAGUCAUUAACCCCUUAAGGUACACAAGUAAUUAAGUGGUUGUUCAAAUGGUUUCUUCUGAAAAGACAUUUGAGAGUGAC